AUGGUUUCCCUUCACUUCUUCCAAGUCGCCACUAUACUUCUGUCGGUAUCGGCUGAAACUGUAACAGUCACGUCUGAGAAGCUCUAUGAUGACCCAUUACGCCCUUUAAGCGAAGUCGCAUGUUGGAGGAAGAACACUGGAUUCAUGCCCAACUUGAAUUGGAAGCUUCAAAAAGACGCUGGUGCAUUCAUCGGCAUCCCUGCAAUCAAGGGGCCCGGUUCUGCUGCCUGCUUUUCUUGCUGGGAGGUCAAUUUCGAUGGCGUCAUGAAAUAUUUCUUGGCUCUUGACGGCACCAAAUCCGACUUUGUUUUGUCUGUGAAGGGUAUACAGUCUCUGACGAGCGAAGCGCAAGAGUUUGUAACCCUUGAUGCAAAUGCCACUGAGGUGGAUGUAUUGAACUGCGGGUUAUCGGUGUACGAGAUCCACGCAUACGAUUUCUAA